UAUCAUUCCGCUUUGCGUGCUAGUUGCUACUGAUAUAUGUGUAUAAGUGUACUGUGUACCUAAGUGGCAGGCAGUGAGAAUUUGUAAACAUGGCGGUCCCGUCAACUUCGUUGUCAUCGAGAAACAAAAAGCAUUUUUUGGGCGUUCCAGCCCCACUAGGAUAUGUUGCUGGUGUCGGUAGAGGUGCGACUGGAUUUACAACUCGGUCUGAUAUCGGUCCUGCUCGAGAUGCUAAUGAUGUUUCUGAUGAUAGACAUGCUCCACCAACUAAGCGGGCAAAGAAGAAGGAAGAAGAAGAAGAAGAAGAGGAAGAUCUCAACGACUCUAAUUAUGAUGAGUUUUCAGGAUAUGGAGGAUCAUUAUUUAGCAAGGAUCCUUAUGACAAAGAUGAUGAAGAAGCUGAUGCAAUAUACGAAGCCAUUGACAAAAGAAUGGAUGAAAAGCGUAAAGAUUACAGAGAAAGACGACUGAGAGAAGAAUUGGAACGUUAUCGCCAAGAAAGACCUAAAAUUCAGCAACAAUUUUCAGAUCUUAAGAGAGAUUUAGCAAGUGUGAGUGAGAGUGAAUGGAAGAAUGUUCCUGAAGUAGGAGAUGCCAGAAAUAGAAAACAAAGAAACCCUAGAGCAGAGAAGUUUACACCUUUGCCAGAUUCGGUACUGUCAAGAAACCUAGGGGGGGAAACUGCAACAAGUAUAGAUCCUUCCAGUGGCUUAGCAUCUAUGUUACCUGGUGUUGCAACACCUGGAAUGUUAACACCGACAGGAGACUUGGAUUUGAGAAAAAUUGGUCAAGCUAGAAAUAAUUUGAUGAAUGUUAAGUUGAGUCAAGUUUCUGAUUCCGUUGAAGGUCAAACAGUGGUGGAUCCUAAAGGUUAUCUCACAGACCUAAAAAGUAUGAUUCCAUCUUAUGGUGGAGAUAUCAAUGACAUAAAAAAAGCUAGAUUACUUCUCAAAUCUGUCCGAGAAACUAAUCCAAAUCAUCCACCAGCUUGGAUAGCUUCUGCUCGUUUAGAAGAAGUGGUUGGAAAAGUACAAAUGGCUAGAAAUUUAAUCAUGAAAGGGUGUGAAGUAAAUCCUUCGUCAGAAGAUUUAUGGUUAGAAGCUGCAAGACUGCAGCCACCAGACACAGCAAAAGCUGUUAUUGCACAAGCUGUGCGUCACAUUUCAACAUCUGUAAGAAUCUGGAUCAAAGCAGCUGAUUUAGAAACAGAAUCAACAGCCAAACGAAAAGUUUAUCGGAAGGCUUUAGAGCACAUCCCUAAUUCUGUAAGAUUAUGGAGGGCUGCAGUAGAACUUGAAGAACCUGAAGAUGCACGUAUUCUUCUAAGCCGAGCUGUGGAAUGUUGCCCAACAAGCGUGGAUUUGUGGCUGGCUCUUGCUAGAUUGGAAACAUACGAUAAUGCGCGAAAAGUGCUAAACAAAGCGCGCGAAAAUAUUCCUACAGACCGACAAAUCUGGACAACUGCCGCAAAAUUAGAAGAAGCUAAUGGUAACAAACACAUGGUAGAAAAGAUAAUUGACCGAGCUAUAUCAUCAUUAAGUGCAAAUGGAGUAGAAAUAAACAGGGAGCACUGGUUCAAAGAAGCAAUGGAAGCUGAGAAAGCGGGAGCUGUUCAUUGUUGCCAAGUAAUUAUUAAAUCUAUCAUCGGAUCUGGAGUUGAAGAGGAAGACAGAAAGCACACAUGGAUGGAAGAUGCUGAAACGUGUGCUCAACAAGGAGCUCUUGAAUGUGCAAGAGCGGUUUAUGCAUAUGCACUGAGUGCAUUCCCAAGUAAGAAAUCGAUAUGGCUGAGAGCCGCGUACUUUGAAAAAACUUAUGGAACCAGGGAAUCAUUGGAAACACUUUUGCAAAGGGCAGUUGCUCACUGUCCAAAGAGUGAAGUUCUUUGGCUCAUGGGUGCUAAAUCGAAAUGGCAGGCCGGCGAUGUACCAGCCGCACGAGGAAUUUUGUCCUUGGCUUUCCAAGCUAAUCCCAAUUCCGAAGAUAUUUGGUUGGCCGCCGUUAAGCUGGAGUCAGAAAAUUCAGAAUAUGAGAGAGCAAGGCGGUUAUUGGCCAAAGCUAGAGCUUCUGCUCCUACACCAAGAGUAAUGAUGAAAAGCGCAAAAUUAGAGUGGGCCUUAAACAAUCUUGAUGCAGCUUUACAGCUGUUAAAAGAGGCUAUAGAUACUUUUGAAAAUUUCCCGAAAUUAUGGUUGAUGAAAGGUCAAAUAGAGGAACAGAAGGGCCAGCAAGAAAAAGCUCUUGAAACCUACAACCAAGGCAUAAAGAAAUGUCCCACUUCGAUACCGCUUUGGCGCUUGUUAGCACAUUUAGAAAUGAAAAGGAAUCAGUUCACAAAGGCUCGCUCAGUUUUAGAGAAAGCUCGUCUGCGUAAUCCGAAAAAUCCGGAACUUUGGUUAGAAGCCAUCAGGAAUGAAAUGAAAUCUGGAGGCAAUCGAGAUAUGGCAAAUACUUUGAUGGCAAAGGCUCUUCAAGAAUGUCCCAAUUCCGGUUUACUUUGGGCUGAAGCGAUUUUCAUGGAAGCCCGCCCGCAGCGAAGAACUAAAAGCAUCGACGCGCUGAAAAAAUGUGAACACGACCCUCAUGUUCUUCUUGCAAUAUCUAAGAUGCUUUGGUGUGACCCUAACAAGAUUCACAAAUGCAGAGAAUGGUUUAACAAAACGGUUAAAAUAGACCCAGAUUUAGGUGAUGCCUGGGCAUACUUCUAUAAAUUUGAACUUUUAAAUGGCACUGAAGAGCAGCAAGAAGAUGUCAAGAAACGCUGCGUGUCAGCAGAACCGCACCACGGUGAAAACUGGUGUAAAGUAUCUAAAAACAUAGCCAAUUGGUGUCUAAGUAUCGAUCAAAUUUUGAUAUUGGUGGCCAAAAAUUUACCAAUACCCAUAUAAUUUGUGAAAUCGCUGCAGAUGUUUAUAAUUAUUUGUAAUAUAACUUGUGGUUUUUUAACAUGUCGCAUUUGAAAAGAAACCAUAGAUACGGAGAUUAUAUAGACUUAUAUAGAUUUGUGCAUCAAAUAUUUGUUUAAAAUGAACUGCAUAUGCACGAGUUUCUGGACAAUGGUUAUUAGAAAUUAAGAAAUAAUCUUUGACUUAGGAAAUAAAAGAAUUUUUACUAA